GCACUAACGGCCUUGCUCGAAAUGCGUCAUCGAAGAAGGCGCCGACGUGGAAGGCGUGAUGAAAUCCUGUUCUGUGCAACUGAUUGCAAGCGCUGGCACAGUGUCAUGCAUGUCAUGUCAUCAUGGUAUUUCUAAUAUCUUUUCAGGUAUGAGUGUAUAAUUGAAACCGCGCAACAUCUUGGAUGGCGCAUUGUAAGUGGGCGUGAGAAAGACCAGAAGAAAAGCGUGACACCUGAAAAUUCGGAAAGUGAGAUUUGUAACGUGUACUGGAUUGACAUAUCAAAUAUCGCCGAGAGAAUGAGCAAACUGCGACCAUGGCAGCGAAUAAACCACUUCCCGGGGAUGAGCAAUAUUGCACGCAAAAACAGACUGGCUCAAAAUCUCGAAAAAAUGCGGCGUGGAUUUCAAAAGGAGUACAAUUUCUACCCUCGAACUUGGGUUCUUCCUCUCGAACUGGCCGAUUUCCGAGCACAAUUUGAUUCGAAUGGACGAUCAUCGCAAUUUUAUAUCAUCAAGCCAGACUCUGGAUGCCAGGGUCGUGGUAUAUUCUUAACACAGAACUUUGAAAGUAUAUCGCCAUUAGAGCAGGUUGUGGCUCAACACUACAUACGAAAGCCAUUCUUAAUUGACGGAUUUAAAUUUGACUUGCGUUUAUACGUGCUUGUAACUAGCUGCAAACCGCUUCGCGUCUAUCUUUUCAGGGAUGGACUCGUCAGGCUAUGCACACAGAAAUAUUUAAAACCAAAUCCUGGUAAUGUUGCUAUGCGCUGCAUGCACCUUACUAAUUAUGCAAUCAAUAGACAUAGCGAGAACUUCCAAGGUAACGAAACCUUAGGGGCUUGCGAUAUUGGAUCAAAGCGUUCAUUGCGAUGGUUUAUGGAUUUCCUUGCCAAUGAGAAGGGGCAGAGAAGAUCGGAUGCCCUGUGGAGUCGCAUGGGGGCAAUGGUCGUCAAAGUGAUAUUAUCAAUCUUACCGACCCUGGUACGAGAAUAUGAAUCAACUUUUAAUAAAGGUAUCAGAAGUGAGCCAAAGCAAACUUACAAUUCAACUAGCUGUGAGAAUCAGCUAGAUCACCAUCCACAAACUAUUGAAGGAUCACAGUGUUUUGAGGUUUUGGGUGUUGAUGUUAUCAUUGAUCAAGCCCUUAAACCAUGGCUCGUUGAAGUUAAUCACCUUCCAUCGUUUGCUACUGACUCACCGCUUGAUUCAGACAUCAAAGCACGAGUCAUUGAGCAAACCAUGUCGAUUGUCCGAGCAAAAGCCAGUGACCGCUAUACUUAUGAGAGAGAAGAGCGCUCCAAAGCUGAGGCACGGUUGUACAGCAACCAGUUUGCUACAAACAAUUUGAUCUUGGCACAAGAAACUCAAGCAUCUAAAGUUGCGUGUCGUAUAGAGGUUAUACUAGAACGCCACGCCCCAGAGAAACUGGGCAAAAUAAAUGCCCUCCUUCGCAAAUAUACAGGAAGGGAGGUCAAGCUACUUCAUCUCAUCGAACAAAAAUAUCUAGAGAAAAAAACGAGACAACUGCCAACCAAUCUCCAGGAGUUUCGGCAGCAUUAUGUAGGAAGCGAGGAGCACACUAGCCCGAAUCUCACGGGGACUAAUAAACAGCCGUUUGAGCUAUUAAAUGAAGAUAAAUUGCCUGUUGCCAGUUGCUCCGAGACCGAUAGUGGUGUCGAACUCGAAGACAGACUGCUUGUUGACUUUGAACGAAUUUAUCCUGUGCCGCUGGCAGCAAGGAUGCACAGCGAUCACACCCCCAACUACCGAGCUUUGAAGAAAUUCGUUUUCGAGCAGGAUGAAAAGAGGAUGAGGCGCAUGUCGUGCCCACUUCGCCAGACUCGUAGAUCAACACUGGAUUCCCCAGCGGCCCUACCUCCAUUGCAUCGAGAUUUGAAAGACGCAAUAGAGCAGAAAGUCCCUUGGGGAGAACCUCCUCGUUGCAAUGGCGUAGAGAAAUCCCCUAUUCCACGAAAGCCACUCCCAAUGCCAGGAGAGAAGCAACUUCUUGCUGCUGAUAGACUGACAAGGGGGUUUUCUUCCCGGCAGCAAGUCUCUGCGCCGUGCUCAUUGGUGACAGGUGAUCAUACGGAUCUGAAAGCCACUCAGGACUAUGCUCAAAGAGUUGCAAGCACAGUAGCACAUGCCAAAAAAUGGCGCCGCAGGAUGGACGACUCGCGAAAGCGGCAAAAUUGCCAGCAGGUUGCUCUACAGCCACGAACUUUUGUGUUUGCACGCACUUCAGACACUCUGCGUGAUCCUCACCUUCAUAUUACCAAUUCAGGCACUGGGCUUAAAGACACAGCCACACACAAGUGA